AUGACAUGUCAAGAGGAUUGUUCAUGUAAGAAUAAUGAAGCCCCCACAACAAAGACAACUGCCACCACAACUAAUGUUGGUGAUGGCCCUGGCCCUGGCCCUAUCCCUGGCAAUAAUGAUGAUGAUGAUGAUGACAUUUGGUCAGAUGAUGAUACGAAACUAAUACCUGAAAAUGAUAUAAUACGAUCACAUUAUAAAAAAGGGUAUGUUGAUGGGAUAACUCAAGCUAAAGAAUCUUCAUUACAACAAGGAUUUGAUGAUGGAUAUCCUGAAGGUGCAAAAUUAGGGAUUAAAGUUGGUGAAAUUUUAGCAAAUUUAAUCAAUCAAUGUAAAGAUAGAAACAGACAAGGAGAUGAUGAUGAUGAUGAUGAUGAUGAACAACUGGUAAGAUUUAAUGAAGCGAAAAAGGAAUUGAAUAUAGUUAAUGUUUUAAAAAAAUCUUAUUUUGAUGAAGAUUUGAAUUUGAAAAAGAGUAAUGACAAUAAAGAAACUGAUGAAUCAUAUCAUGAAUUAAUUAAUAAAUGGGAGAAUGAAAUGAAAUGA